AGAGGAGCUCUGAAGUUAUUUUCCCUCUUCCGUUCAGUCUGUGAGGAGGAUGGAGCUGGAAAUCUAAAUAGGGCAGCUGGAGCCUGCAAAUUUCCAGCCAAGCUCCAAGCCUGACUUUCUUUACCCGCUUCACCCCUUCAUCGAAUCCCCCCGAUCUCUCUCCUGAACUUGCAGAUUCCUCGACCCUCUGACCAUGAACCUCUGGGCUGUGCUUUGCUUGACUCUGCUCGUGGUAGAGCUCCAAAAUGGUUCCUGCCAGCAGGUCAAGCGAAGAAAAGACAUCGGAGAGAACCGCAUCCGGCCAGGUGGGAAACGGGUAAAGGUGUGGCCUACGCUGAAAGACGGACGAGGCAGAGGCCAUUCCCUCCUGACGCAGGUGUUGGAUAAAGGCCGCUUCCUCCGCCUGGGCCAGAGCACCAUUUUGACUCCUGGGACAAACAUGGAGCUGCGCUGCAAAGGCAGCAAAAUCGGAUGGUCUUACCCGACUUACCUGGAUACUUUCAAUAACUCACGCCUCAGCAUCAAGCAAAGCGACAAGUACAGUCAACUGAUCCUGACGUCGCCCUCUGCUGCCGACACGGGGGCCUACAGCUGCUGGGUGAUAGUAUGUGAUGGCACAGAGUGUGAGAAGGACCACGAUCGCGCCUACGUCUCAUACAUCUAUUUCAAAGACAAAGACAACCUCUUCGUUCCAUCCACCAUGCACUUUGAGAUUGUGUAUCUGCGCCCAGACCAGCCUGCCGUGGUGCCCUGCCGUGUGACCGAGCCACAGGCCAAGACGUCCCUGCACAGAGAGGUCCCCCCAGUGGAAAUCACAGCAAAUAUGACCCAGAUGGCAUAUGAUCCCACCAAGGGCUUCAUCCUGCAAAACCCGAGGCCAGAGCACCAGGGAGUCUUCUACUGCAAGGCUGAGACAAUGGACACCCCUCAGAUCUCCACAAAGUACCAGCUGCUUUAUGUGGAGGUUCCCAGUGGGCCACCGUUUGUGAGCCUUGAAGCCUCUCCAGACUCUGUGAGAGGAGGCGACAACGUCAAUGUAACCUGCACAGUGCUGGGAGAGCCAGACGUGGACGUGAGCUUCACUUGGACUUAUCCUGGUCAGGGCUCCCGCCCCGUUCACAUCCAGACUUCCUGGAGGCUGGUUAACAGAGGUAUGGGCUACACCACGCGCGUCACCCAGAGCAUCCUGACGGUAGAGGACAUGGAAACCAUUGACUUUGGAGAAUACAUGUGUAAAGCCAAGAGCCAGCAUGGCGAGACAAUCGUGGCGACCACCAUCAUCUCCAAAUAGCCCCAAACAACCCCACCUGCUGGCUCCAUCUGAUAUUUAAGAUUUGACACAUUGGUGUGCCUUUUUUAUCUACGAAACACAUGAAAUCAGCAUGUAUAUAAAUAAAAAUACAUUUUUGCCAAGUUGAAAAGUUCAUGUCAUUAAAAGCAAGCUAUGGACAACAGUCAGUCACAUACAUCUAUUAAAAAAAAUAUUUAGAGGUGUCAUUUUGCAGCACAACAGUGAGCCUAAGCAUGCAAAUACCUGAAAUCCAAAGAACAGUAAAUAGCCAAUCACCACACUCCAAACUACUCAAGAUCUCAGGAACAUCACAUAAAAGAAAAGUUGUUUUAUAACGUGUGUCAUGUGAUCCCAGAAGUCAGCAAAACUGGAAAACACAAUUUUCUUAACUUCAGAAUAACAUAAUAAAUGAAGGUAAUAGCACAAGCUCUGGUGGGAGGAGUCAGAAUCAUUUGGGGCUGUCAUGACGACACCACAUGGCUGCUGUCACUUCUGGCAGGGGGCUGUGUUGGACACCAAAUCAAACAUCCCUGACUAAUCAGAGUUAGCCUUCAUGCUACAUUUAAACAGAGUAAUGAAGUUGGAAGAAAAACACAGGAGAGUGGCAGGAGUCAGAGUCCCGCUCUGUCUGAGAAGGAGCUGUGUGCCAGGCGGGCGUCUUAAUGUGCUCCGUAUGUGGAAUGUGAUCUGAGGGCUGCAGCUUAUUUUGAUCCAGUGCAACACUUGCUGAUAUCUCCACUUUGCUGAAAAGUUACUAGUGGUUAGGAUUUUGAAAUAUACUUUGGAUUAGGAUUAUGAAAUGAACGUUUGUGGUUUAGCAUUUCAGUCAACUAAAGUGAGGGAAAUUUGGCAUUUAAAGAUAACAAA